CAUAGCCGUGGUCCAGCCCACCGAUGUAUUGUUGUAGAGUAAAACGCAGAGCAAAUCAAAUAGGCGGCCGAGCGAAGCAGAGGCCAAGCGAAACAGAGCAACUGCCAGCAGCAGGACGAAUCUUCCUCUCGAUCCCACCAACCACUACUAAUUAGUCUACUGCCUACGCACAUCGGAGCAGGAAGCAGAGCACCCAGUUCCGGUUCCCGGCGAUGGCGUCGUCCUCGUCGUCGUCGUCGGCGCGCGUGUCGACGGCGCGGCAGCCGCUGCGGUGUCUCCCGUCGGGGCGCGCCGCCAAUGGAGCCGCGGCGGCGGUGACGGUGCUGGGGAUGCCGAGGAGGGAGUCGCAGGUGACUCUGCGGGCGCACGCGCGGCGGAACAUCGCGGCCGCUGCGUGGGCGGAGGCGGGUGUCGCGCCGUGGAGCAGGGGGAAGGAGGCGGCGACGGCGUGCGCGGCGGCGGGGACGAGCGCCGCCGGGGCCGGGGUGGGGGUGGGGAGCAGGAGCGUCGGGAAGGACGUGGCCCUGGCCACGGCCGCCGUGGUCGCCACGGGCACGGCGAACCGCGUCCUCUACAAGCUCGCCCUCGUGCCGCUCCGCCAGUACCCCUUCUUCCUCGCGCAGUUCGCCACGUUCGGCUAUGUGGUUGUCUACUUCUCAAUCCUGUUUUUUCGUUAUCAAGCUGGCCAUGUGACGGAUGAGAUGCUUUCUCUACCACAGAAGCCUUUUAUACUCAUAGGCCUCUUGGAGGCUCUAGCAGCAGCAGCAGGGAUGUCUGCUGGAGCUAUUCUUUCUGGUGCUUCAAUACCAAUAUUAUCACAGACCUAUCUUGUAUGGCAGCUUGUUUUGUCUGCUAUUUUCCUAAAGAGGCGCUAUAGACUUAAUGAGAUAACAGGAUGCUUUCUAGUGACAGUUGGUGUGGUAAUAACUGUAGCAAGUGGAACUGGUGCUGGUGCUUCACUACAAAGUACUGGAAUUUUGUGGCCACUGCUAAUGAUAAUAUCAUUCUUUCUGCAAGCUGCUGACACAGUAUUGAAGGAGAUAAUAUUUAUAGAUGCUGCUAAGAAUUUGAAGGGUGGCUCAGUUGAUCUUUUUGUUGUCAACUCGUAUGGCUCUGCUUAUCAAGCUAUUUUUAUGUGUCUCUUGCUGCCAUUCUUGUCAAAGUUAUGGGGUAUUCCAUUCCAUCUACUACCAACAUACAUCAGAGAUGGUGCAGCCUGCUUUCUAAAUAUGGGAUCAUUAUCUGCUGGCUGUGAAGGGGCACCACUGCUACCGCUACUAUUUGUGUUGGUUAAUAUGGGAUUCAAUAUAUCCUUGCUACACCUGUUAAAGAUUUCUUCUGCUGUUGCAUCUUGUCUAGCCUCUACAUUCUCAGUCCCGCUGUCGAUCUACGCCUUCACCCUACCGCUGCCGUACAUCGGCGUGGCGUCGACCCUCCCUCCCGGCUUCGUUGCAGGCGCUGCAGUUCUCAUCGCCGGCUUACUAAUGCACAGCCUUCCGCAGCCAGAAAAUUGCGGGGAAAGCCAGGAAUGACUAGCUAAUUAGCAUGCAUUUCUUCGUAUUCUACAUAACCAUGGCUGGCUCCUCAUCCGGCCUGGUCUUGAAAGGCAGAGCAGAAGUUCUCCUGUGAGCCACCUGACCUGACUGUUGUGUGUUGUAUGGUAGCAUGUCAUUUAUCCAAUAAAAGCGAGGAGAAGCCGCAUGGGUACAUAGACAAGAAUAAAAAGUUUGUGGAGGGGAAGAGGAUCAGGGAGAAGAGCAGGAGCAUCAUCACCACAGGGACGAAGAGCAGGAAGGCCGGCGGCGGCGGCAGCGGGGGCAGCACCACUGGGAGGCACAGGAGCAUCGCCGCCGCCGCCAGCAAGAUCAUCAGGAGGACGCCCCUGUCCAUCUGGGCCGGCUUCUCUAGUGGAUGUUCAUCUCUUACUCUGUGUUUGGUUGGGUUCCUUGGAAGAGGAAGAACUGUCGUGUGUUGGAGGGGGGAUAUGGGUGUUGCUUUGUGUGAGAGACAACUAACAGGUGCAUCUUUGAUUCUUUGCUCCUCUGCGGUGAAUAUAUAUUGGUGUGAUGGUGGUGGGUGGCCCUCUUUCUGGGAGGCCGAGGAUGCCGGUGGGGACGGACAGUUGGAGAGGACAUGCAUGGGGUGGGCCGGCCACUGCCUGCUGCUUUUGUUUACCAAUAAUAACUCCAGUCCUGAUGUCAGAUUAGCCGCAUUAUUACUCUCCACUGUUUCCUGGGAAACGCCGGAUUUUGUUACAGUACUUUGAUCCAUCUUGACCCGUCGACAGUGUCAUUUUGCGACCUCGGUUCUGUCCCUUCCAGGGAGGAGUGGUAGAUUUC